GCCGCCCGGUCCGUGCCUUUGCGGCGGCACCGCCCCGGCCGGGUCGCGCCGAGACGGGAUGGGCCGCGCUCCGCACCGCCCAGUACCGCGGCCGCGCUUCGUGCUGCCCCACAGCGAGCAGGGAACCCCCGCGAGGCUCAGGGGUUUGGGCCGUUUGGAGAGCACGCUGUGAACGCCAGCUGGAUUGCAGUCCAGGAGCUGGAGAAGCUGGGGCUGAGGGAUGAUGUGGAUCUGCACGUCUAUGAGGUCCCUGUCGAGUACCAGACCGUGCAGAGACUCAUUCCUGCCUUGUGGAAGAAGCACAGUCCCCAACUGGUGGUGCACGUGGGCGUGUCGGGCAUGGCCACCACCGUCACCCUGGAGAAGUGUGGCCACAACGUGGGCUACAAGGGGCUGGACAACUGUCGCUUCUGCCCGGGCUCGCAGUGCUGCGUGGAGGGCGGCCCCGAGUGCAUCGACUCCAUCAUCGACAUGGACGCCGUCAGCAGCAGGGUGUCUGCCCUGGGGCUGGAUGUCACUGUCACCAUCUCCAAGGACGCCGGCAGGUACCUCUGUGACUUCACCUACUACACCUCCUUGUACCAGAGCCAUGGGAGGUCAGCAUUUGUCCACGUGCCUCCUCUGGGGAAACCUUACUCUGCAGAACAGCUGGGCCGGGCCCUGCAGGCCAUCAUAGAGGAAAUGCUGGAUUUUUUGGAGCACUCUGAAGACAAAAUCAAUUGUCAACAUGAACACUGAGCAGCCUGGCCAGGAGCUCUCCUAGUAUUGCACUUCCAAAAUUUUCCCUGCUCUGAUGAAGUAUUGGGGGGAAAAGAAAAUAAUAAUAAAUCAAGCAACAGUUCCAGACACAGAAUUGGAGACUUCAAAAAAAAAAAGAAAGAAAAAAAAAAAGGAAUAUUCUACAAAUUCUGCUUAGAAAUUAACUUUUUUUUUUUUUUUUUGGUGUUGUUGAAUCUGUGAGCUCCAGCCUGAGCAACAAAGGAUUCAGAAUCUCUUCUCUAGGACACCUGCAGCUCCUGAUUCCUGACGGGUUCGUGCUGGGAGCUCCAGGCAGGUUCCUCACCUGCACCAGCUCGUGGCCAAUCCUUGACCUGAAAGGUUUGAAAGGUUUGCUUUCCAGUUGGCUUUGGGUUUGGUUUUUCCCCCUUCUCCUGCCCCGAAUUCCAGGUGACGAUGUGGAAGGACAGCUGGGUGCUGUGGGGUUGGCUUGGAAAGCAGAGUUUGGUGGGCACGAGGAGCCCGGAAUUGCUUGGCUGGAAAGGAAGAUGAUUUUGGGCGCUGAUUCCUCUCUCCACACCCUCCAGACACCUCAGCCUCCUUAGCUGCAGCAGAAGGAUGUGUCUGGGGUUCUUUUGGAACCCAAAUCCAGCUGGAUUUUUUAAGUUUUUGGAACCUGAUCCUAAAUCUUUCCAAAUCUCUUUUUCUCUCCUGGCUGCCUCCCUUCCUCAAGGACCUCCUGUACCAAACAGCCCGGUUCAGAUGUGUCUAAAACCCUUCACUGAUGGAUAAAGAGCUUUGCUGAGGGCCACUUUCCCCACGGGAGAUCUUUAUCCUGGUGCUCCAUGCUGUUUUUUUGAGGGGAAGGUUGAGAAAUUUAUAAUUUCCCCAGCUGCAAAUUCCCCCCUCGUGCUCCCAAUUCCACCUGGAUUCGAGUGGGUGCAUAAAAAUGCAGAUGGAAAUCUUCAAAACCCCUGCAAAAACGAAAUGUCAGCUUCUCAAACCCAACCCCACUGCCUGGAAACCAGAGGGAAUUAUCUGAAAUCCAGGAAUUUUGCUCAGAGUGAGGAUUCCGGGCUCUUUUCCUGGUGUCCCCUCCCAACGGGAGGGUUCAGGAGUGGUUCUGGCUGCUCCUGGGAAUUUCCCCAGGAAUUCUCUUGGAUCUCAGCAGGAUCUCAGCAGGUGGGUGGUGCUGGUCCUGUGGGCAGAUUUGCUGCCAAAUUUUGGGAUUGCAGCAAAAAAAAAACAAAAAAAAAAAACAAAACAAAACCCAGCUGGGUUUGGAGCAGGACCAGACACAAACCUGGGAGCUGAGGCCUCGUGGGGAGGCCGCUUGGAUGGAGAGGCCUGUGAUGCUUUUACAAAUCGCUAGAAAUAUAUAUAUAUGUAUAUAUAAAAACCAACAUUUGGAAGGUUUUUAAACCCCGUGGUUCUGAAUUUCUCUGGUGCUGACUGGCUCUGCUAUUGUAACUCUCAGUGAGAGCUGCCCUGGGCUUGCCAGGAGAAGUCUGGUGACAAAACCACUCCUUGUGACCCCUGAGAUGGGACAGGAGCUCUGCGGCUGAGGGCACCUGAGCAGGAGGAUGGUUUUGGGAUAGACCCAAGGAAAUUCCUCCUCUGUUCUCCAUCCAGGCCUUCCUGCUCACAGGGAUUUGCCUUCAAGUGAAAUGUUGUCAUUCCCAUCCGCUCCGAGGUAGCACUUGUCAGAUUUCCUGAUUAGUAAUUUAUUUUAUUUAAUGUUUUGUUGAAAUCUUCGUGCUUCGACACAGUUUUUUGAUUUUUUUUUAAUUUUUUUUGUGAUUAGUUGAGCUCCUUAUCCCCAUAGGAAUUAUUCCUUUGUUGGUGGGAAGUUUUUUUUUUUUUGUCCUGGGUGGUUUUUAGCUGCUAAACUUGGGGAAGAGGAAAUAUCCCAAGUGGGGUUUGGUGAUGGAGUAAUUCCCAAAAAAAACCCCAAAAAAACCCUGAAUUCAUUCACCUCUGGUGUCGCUGUGGGCGAAACGGAGGUGGAAAAUCAACAGGUUGGUGAGGCCACGCUGAAAUGCCAAGGGUGGGCUCUGGGAGGGAUCAGCAUCUCCAGGUGAGGUGUCCCCUGUCCGUCUGUCCAUCUGUCCAUCCCUGGUUCUGUGUCCCUGGGUGGGUCUGGGGUCCCCUGGGUAGAUCCGGGGUUCCCCUGGCUGUGUCUGGGGUUCCCCAUGCCAUGCUGGGGUGCCCUGGGUAGGUCUGGGGGUGCCCUGGCAGUUCUGGGGUUCCUCUGGAAGUUCUGGGGUUCCCCUGGCAGUUCUCGGGGUGCCCUGGGUGGGUCUGGGGUGCCUUGGGUAGAUCUGGGGUUCCCCUGGCAGUUCUGGGGUUCCUUUGGCAGUGCCAGGGGUGCCCUGGAUGUGUCGGGGUUCCCCUGGCAGUUCUGGGGUUCCCCUGGCAAUUCUGGGGUUGCCCUGGCAGUUCUGGGGUUCCCCUGGCAAUUCUGGGGUUCCCCUGGCAGUUUUGGGGUUCCCCUGGCAGUUUUGGGGUUCCCCUGGUAGUUCUGGGGUUCCCUUGGCAGUGCCAGGGGUGCCCUGGAUGAGUCUGGGGUUCCCUGGCAGUUCUGGGGGUUCCCUGGGUAGGUCUGGGGUGCC